AGGAGGCCGAGGCCGAGGCCGCAGCUUGAGGGAGGCCCCGGCCCCUCUGCGCCUGUGUCGGGCGGAGCCGGUGUGAGAAGAGAGAUCCCCUCCCCCAACCCCUCCCCGCCGCCCGGGAUAAUCAGAGUUUUUGGCCGGACCCAUCUGCCCAUCGAGAGAGCGAGGAAGAGGCGGAAAGAAGCACACACCAUGGCGCUGAAACGGAUUAAUAAGGAACUUAGCGAUUUGGCCCGUGACCCUCCAGCACAGUGUUCUGCAGGUCCAGUUGGGGAUGAUAUGUUUCAUUGGCAAGCCACAAUUAUGGGACCUAAUGACAGCCCAUAUCAAGGCGGUGUAUUCUUUUUGACAAUUCAUUUCCCUACAGACUACCCCUUCAAACCACCUAAGGUUGCAUUUACAACAAGAAUUUAUCAUCCAAACAUUAACAGUAAUGGCAGCAUUUGUCUCGAUAUUCUAAGAUCACAGUGGUCUCCUGCUUUAACUCUUUCUAAAGUUCUUUUAUCCAUUUGUUCACUGCUAUGUGAUCCAAACCCAGAUGACCCCUUAGUGCCAGAGAUUGCACGGAUCUAUAAAACAGACAGAGACAAGUACAACAGAAUAUCUCGAGAAUGGACUCAGAAGUAUGCCAUGUGAUGCUACCUUAAAGUCAGAAUAACCUGCAUUAUAGCUGGAAUAAACUUUAAAUUACUGUU